AUGAACUCCAAUAAGGCGGCGUCAUUGAGGGCCAAAAACGCCAAUAGAUGGCCACGACGACUGCUGAUCAGAGGGGAGGAUACGAAAGAUCGGCGGUGGAGUAAGGAAGGGAGUCGAAGUUCCACGACAAUCAUCGACGAUCCGACAUCGGCUUCCGCUUCAGAAGAAGAAAGUCCAAUGAAGAUCGGUGCUAGGGUUAGGGUAAAGGUGUCGUUGAUGUCCCUCUUCAGAUUCAGGUGUAAUUUAGAGCUUGAUGUUUCGAAUAAGGAUAACCGUAAAGCAUCGAACAAAACUGUUGUUCUUAUACUGGGAAAGUUACACUCAAAGUUGAUCUUGGUAAUGAUAUCACUACUGCUCGUUACACAAGCUCGCAAGCCAUUUGAUUCAAAUAGAAGAAUGAGGUUGCGACCGACUCAAGAAAAUGGUUGA